CUGCUCUCUUAUGGAGGGAAGUGACGUCGGGUGAGCAUUACGGAAGUGCGGGGGUUCGUGCACGGGCGGGGUGGAUCUGGGCGGUGGCGGGCGGCGUUCGUCACCGGUGGCACCAGCAGCAGGACCGGUAGCGGCGACGCGAGAUAUAGGUCACAGUUUCAGAAAUGGCUGAACAAGAACCGACACCGGAACAGCUGGCCCAGAUUGCAGCUGAAAACGAGGAGGACGAACACUCUGUCAACUACAAGCCCCCUGCCCAAAAGAGCAUCCAGGAGAUCCAGGAACUGGAUAAGGAUGACGAGAGCCUACGCAAGUACAAAGAGGCCCUGCUGGGAAAUGUCACUAUCGCUGCGGAUCCCAGCACUCCAAACGUGGUGGUGACAAAACUGACUUUGGUUUGCGCCACUGCUCCGGGCCCCUUGGAGUUGGAUUUGACAGCUGACCUGGAGAGUUUCAAGAAGCAGUCAUUUGUGCUGAAAGAAGGUGUGGAGUACCGGAUAAAAAUCUCCUUUCGGGUGAACAAGGAGAUUGUUUCAGGGUUGAAAUACAUCCAGCACACGUUCAGGAAAGGAGUAAGAAUUGACAAGACUGACUACAUGGUUGGAAGCUAUGGGCCCCGUGCCGAGGAGUACGAAUUCCUCACCCCCAUGGAGGAAGCCCCCAAGGGUAUGCUGGCCCGGGGCAGUUACAAUAUCAGAUCCAAAUUUACAGAUGACGAUAAGACGGACCACCUUUCCUGGGAGUGGAACCUAAACAUCAAGAAGGAAUGGAAGGAUUAGUUCUUCCAUAGCCAAAUCCCAAGAGUUGCUCAGACAGUGGCUACAGUAGAAACCCCACCCUGUACCAAAGUGCUGGCAUUGGACAACCCUUCCUUUCCCCUUCUCAUUUUUAAGCUCACCAGGAAGCUCCUUUUGCUCCGUGUCCCACCUCCCGACAGUCCCUGAAGGAAUCAGACCAACCCUUUUUCGGUCUGUCCCAAGCCCAGAGGCUGAAGUGCUCCCUCUCCUUCCUCUGGCCUUGCUUAAAAGGCUAUCUGCUCCUGACCCCUCUGAAUACCUCUCCGCCAGGGUGGCCGAGGGGAAGCAAGCUUCCUGCCUGCAGUGGGAGAGGACCUGGAGGCACUCUUGCCUCUGGGCACAAGGGGUGAGGUGCUGGGGACUCGUGAACUGCCUGCUGCCCUCAUUGUUUCCAAGGCUUAAUCAUGUUCAUGGCCUACCCUUUCUCCUCCAGGGAGACAUGGGUGGGCGUUCUGUUUGUGAUGGUUUUGUGUAACCAUGAUGCCUUAAUGUGUGUAACAUACAUCCUCCAGGGAGGGCCCAACUCAAACCCAAACCAAACCCCAGCCUUGUUACACUUUUUUAUAUGCGCUCCUACCCUGUCCACACAUACCGCCCCUCCCUCCUCCCAAUUUGCAUCUUCUGGCCAGACGCUCUUCCUGCCUUCUGCAGGGUCCAGAGUGCUCUCCUUGCAGACUCCCUAGGGCCAGAGAAGCCUUUGCUUCCAGCUAGGAAGAGGGAGGCCUGUGGUUGGUGGACAUAGAAGUCAACACUAGUGCCACUGUCAUCUCAAUGUUAGUUUGAUCACACAUCUAAACUGGCUGCAAAGUACUGACUCCCCAGGGCAGCCUUGGGGUUUCAGGGCUAGAAGACGGAUUGGCUUUGCGCAGCUGCUCCUCAUCUGAUCUGAACAAAGAGCUUGCUAUGGACAAAUAUUCAAGAGCAGAGAAUGCCUUAUGUAUCUGUUCUGCCUUUUUAAAUCAUGUGCCUGGCCUGUCAGUAUUUAUUAUUGCCUUGAUUAGGUUCUUUUCCUUCAUGAUGCCCAAACAGCCCAGCCACCCCAGCAACAAUCCCCCCCAAUGGUCCUGGCAAGUUGGAAGUGGGAGGCCUGUGGGGCCCCGAUCCCCCUCUGCUUGCCAGGCAGGAAUGUUUCAGCUCUACAGCCCUCAUCAGCGGGCUUUGCGAGUCCCCAAAUUGUGCUAGAACUGGGACCAAGUAUGUGUGUGCGCGGUUCUCUUUUGUAGCUAUGUCUCUGCCCUGACACCUCUUCCCAACCCCUUCCCUUAGAGGAGAUUUUUUGUUAAAAUGAUUUGAUGCUUUUUUUGUGUGUGUCUGUAAAUCUUAGAUUUGGAUUAACAGAUUCAGAAUCAUCAGCUUCCCCCUUCCUGGCAGUAAAAUAAAAUCAUGAAACUGACUGUA